UAAAAAGUAGUUAAAGUUUUUUAAAAAUAUUUAAAAUGCUUUUAGAAGAGACCCUGUCCUCUUGUGUGACAUCUUUGUCCUGUGGUGUGACACCGGAGGACAUUUUCUGUCACACCAAAGGACGUUUCAGCCUUUUUGUGUCAAUUAAUGACCUUGCUAUUCCGAGCUAACCUGUCAUUAGCGAUAAGCAAGACACAUUUGCAUAAUUUUCCAUGAUUAUGUAAUUUAACAUGCAGUUUUUAAUAAAAAAAAUAUAUAUAUAAUUUAGGGGUGUCACACCAAUGGACAACAAAACAUAACACUUUUUUAGUGGAUCCAAAAAAGUUAAAUAUUUGAGCAAUUCUGAGAAAAAAUGUACCAUGUGCACAUGUCAUGGGCUUGACAGGGGGCUUCAGUAACAAGACCAUGAAUGGGGUACUUGAACUAAUUAAAGUUUUCUCUGGAAUUGGCCGAUUUAAAAUCAGGAUGUGGUGUCACACCACAGGACAUGGUUUUCAGAGACAAAAUGUGUCAAGUUCCUAUGUUUUCAGAAAUGUAUGGAUAAAAAAAAAGAUUGCCAUUUACUAAAAUAGACACUUGUACAAUUAGGCCGGAGGUAUUUAUUAUUAAAAUUUUUAUGCUUUUCUUUUUCAUUUAUAAAAUUUGUAAUUUAUUGAACCAUGCUUGAGACAGUCACACCAUAGGACAAUUUUGAGAUCUGGUUCAGGUUAGGUUAGGUUCUUCAUAGCAAUAGUGCUGAUUGUCUUAGCAAACAGCUCUAAUAAUGGGCAAACAGCCUGUCUUUAAACAGAUCCGAUAACAAAGGCAAGCUUUACUUCAACAGGGUUUUGCUGAGCUACUUUUGCUCUCAAUAGGAGGGGACAGGCAUUCUCUGUCUCUCUCCCUCUCUCAGUACAGGCCUCUUAAAAUAGACAGGGCAACUCAAGAAGCCAUUUUGCCUCCGGUGGAAAAACACAUCAGGGUCUGUGGUCUGGGAUUGCGACACACUGUUACACUCUGACAGUCUAGCUUUCUUCAUUCUGACCAGGAUCACUAUCACUCUGGAAACUUGCAUAACUCUACUCUCUUCCUCUCCACAACCCAUUUUCAUUUUUUUUCAUUUUUAUUUUUGCACUUUUUUUUUUUUUCACAGCAUUCCUUCUGACAUGAUUAAAGCAUGAAAAAACUGAUGUCUUUAGGCCAAAAACUCUGUCUGGGGUCACGGGCAGACCUGGACCUGAAGAAGCCGGCUGCAGCCUGCAAUGAUCCAGACGCGCCGGAGGAGAAGAUGAUCAUGAGGAGGGAGAUUUCUCUCACUAACGGCAUCUGCUUAAUCGUGGGCAACAUGAUUGGCUCGGGCAUUUUCGUGUCGCCCAAAGGUGUGCUGAUGUACAGCGCCUCCUACGGCCUUUCGCUGGUCAUCUGGGCUCUCGGGGGAAUAUUUUCAGUCUUUGGCGCACUGUGCUAUGCAGAACUUGGAACUACUAUCACAAAGUCUGGCGCUAGUUAUGUGUACAUCCUGGAGGCCUUCGGGGGUUUCCUUGCUUUCAUUCGCCUGUGGACGUCCAUCCUGCUGGUGGAGCCGGCCAGCCAGGCGGUCAUCUCGCUGACGUUUGCCAACUACCUGGUGGAAGCGCUCUUCCCGACCUGUCAGCCUCCGUACGAUGCUGUGAGACUGAUAGCAGCGGCUUGUCUCUGUAUUCUGAUCUUCAUAAACUGUGCUUAUGUGAAGUGGGGCACUUUAGUUCAAGAUAUUUUCACGUACGCCAAGAUCAUGUCUCUGCUCCUCGUCAUCACAAUGGGCAUCAUUAAGAUGAUAAACGGAGAAACAAAGAACUUCAAUAAUCCAUUCGAGGGUUCCUCCACGGAGGCGGGCAGCAUUGCCCUGGCUCUUUAUUCAGCUCUGUUCUCCUACUCUGGCUGGGACACGCUCAACUUUGUUACUGAGGAGAUCCAGAACCCUGAGAGGAACCUUCCCAUCGCUAUAGCCAUUUCCAUGCCAAUAGUGACAAUCAUCUACCUACUGACCAACGUGGCAUACUAUGCCGUCCUGGACAUUCCUUCUUUCAUGGGUAGUGAUGCAGUGGCUGUAACAUUUGGAAAUCAGGUGCUGGGCCCCAUUAGCUGGAUCGUCCCCAUCGCUGUGGCCAUGUCUUGCUAUGGAGGACUCAAUGCUUCCAUAAUUGCCGCCUCCAGGUUGUUUUUUGUGGGGGCGAGAGAAGGCCACCUUCCCAACAGCUUAAGCCUGAUCCACGCUGAGCGCUACACUCCUGUACCUGCACUCCUCUUCAAUGGCGUGAUGGGUCUGAUCUUCCUGUGUGUGGAGGAUGUGUUCCAACUUAUCAACUACUUCAGCUUCAGUUACUGGCUGUAUGUGGGUCUGUCUGUGGCUGGACUCAUUUACCUGCGAAUCACUCAGCCUGACAGACACAGGCCGGUCAAGCUCACAUUGCUCUUUCCCUUCAUCUACUGCCUGUGCAGCGUGUUCCUUGUCAUCGUUCCUCUGUACAGCGACACCAUUAACUCUCUCAUAGGAAUCGCCAUCGCACUGUCUGGAGUGCCAGUUUAUUAUCUGUGUGUCUACCUGCCCAAAGAGAAACAACCAAAAUGGUUUGGUAAACUGAAUGAUUCUGUCACCAAAUACACUCAGAUCAUGUGCUUCUGCUGUUUAACUGACUUGGAUGUGGAGCCAGAGAAGUUGGCAGAACCGAAGACCCAAUAACUCUUUCAAGAGGACGUGCCUGGAGCAUGGAUUCCAUCUCUGAGAAAAAAAAGACCCUAUUUGUCAAAAACAAAUACCUCAUGGAUUUAUAAACGUCUAGUACAUAUAUCUCACAGAAAUCAAAUUCUGACGAUGUCUCCAUGAUAUCCAAGAUAGCUCAGUUUAUCUGAAAAGCAAAAUGCUGUGUAAUUUAUCACAGUGGUGUGUUUCAUCACUUGUUGCCAUGUUUUUAUUUCAUUUAUUCUGUCAAGGUCUAAAUGAAGUUCCUUGUUAAACCAUUGACUGAAAAGGAUUGAGCCUAAAGAUACUGGGAGACACUGAACUUCCCUUUUAGACUUGAAAAAAAAAAAACGUGUCCAAGAAGCUGAAUGUACACGCAAACUAGAUGACAUUUUGGGACUAUGGUAUAGACUCGUGGGACUUUCUUUUAAAAAUGAAAAUUUUAAAUUUUUGUACUGUUUGUCAGAUGCAGUAAAAACUGAAGAGUUUUCGAUAUUGAGUUGUGAAGUUCAAAGAUUAGUGAUUUUUUUCAUUUUGAUAUCAGUGCACUUUUUUCUGUAUGAUAUCUACACUUAGUGUCUGGUUGUCUGUAUUUGAUGUCCUUUGUUCAUUUGACAAAAGAAAACAGCAAGUAUCACUUAGAUGUCACUGAAUAUGUCUGGAGUGUUCACGUAAUUUUAAAGUUCUUAGAAAGUGAUCAGCUUUGAUUUGCGCCUCUGCCUUACAGAUGUUAUUUGAACUAUGGCUGUCUGGGAGCUCCAGGGUCAGAUGUCCGGGUGUUGAUAGUGAGAGAUGCGUUUAGCCUCUGACGCACAACAUGAGAAAACCCAAACAUUUUAUUCAUUUUAUCAUUAGAUCUCAUUUCCAUCUGUCUCGCACCUCUGUCAGUGUAUGUCCAACUUUGAUGUAUUUGGCUUGCUCUUGUUUUUUUUUUUUUUUUUUUUUUUUUUCUUUGUUUGUUUGUUGUGGUUGGUUUCUGGUUUCAUACAAUGAUUGAAAUAAAAGUAAAUCAGAGGAUGUGUCAUAACAGAGCUGAACUUCUGACUUUAUUAUGUGUCAUGGAAAGUAAGUAAAACGGAAACUCUCAUAGUUUCUGUGUAGUUUCAACAUUUAUUCAUUUGAAUAAAAUUAACUCCUCACCUCAAGAUCAAUUCAAACAGUAAUGUUUU